CCGGGCAGCUGCCACCACUGAGCAUGCGCACUAAGCUCGGGCAGCACAGGAAGCUGUAAUACAACCUAUCCCGUUGCUGCCGUAACACUCUAUUAGGACACGCUGCUCCGGUGUCUCCUGUCCGUGCUGAGACAAGCGCCGCCGUUCCUGCCUGCAAGAGCCAUGCCUCCCACCAUACAGCACUCCGGUACCGCAGUCAACACACAUGAAGAACUGGAAUCAAUCCUCCGGGAGCGGAUAAUGGUCUUGGAUGGUGGGAUGGGCACCAUGAUCCAACAGCAUAAUCUUUCAGAAGAAUCCUUCAGGGGACAGGAGUUUGUAGACCACGGCAAGUCUUUAAGAGGCAACAAUGAUCUUUUAAGUAUCACCCAGCCGGACAUAAUCUACAAAAUUCACAAGGAGUAUUUGCUUUGUGGAGCCGAUAUCGUGGAAACAAACACGUUCAGCAGUACGAGUAUUGCCCAGGCAGACUACGGCCUUGAACACUUGGCCUACCGAUUGAACAAAGUCUCUGCAGAAGUAGCAAGAAGAGCAGCAGACGAUGUGGCGCGUGAGACAGGAAAAAAGCGGUUUGUGGCGGGAGCUAUGGGGCCAACAAAUAAGACAUUAUCUGUCUCCCCUUCUGUUGAGAGGCCAGACUACAGAAAUAUCACAUUUGAUGAGCUUGUGGAUGCUUAUGCGGAACAGGCAAGGGGUCUUCUGGAUGGUGGUGCUGACAUUCUACUGGUGGAAACUAUUUUUGAUACAGCUAAUGCCAAAGCGGCUCUGUUUGCUGUCCAGACAUUGUUUGAAGAGGACUACAAGCCUAGACCUAUAUUUAUUUCUGGAACCAUUGUUGACAAAAGUGGACGAACACUUUCUGGUCAAACAGGGGAAGCAUUUGUAAUAAGUGUGUCACAUGUGGAGCCGAUGUGCAUUGGAUUAAACUGUGCUCUGGGAGCUGUUGAUAUGAGGCCAUUUAUUGAAGCCAUUGGGAAAUGUACAACCUCCUAUGUUAUCUGUUAUCCAAAUGCAGGUCUCCCAAACACCUUUGGUGGUUAUGAUGAGACGCCAGAAGUGACAGCUAAGCACAUUAAGGAUUUUGCUAUGGAUGGUAUGGUGAAUAUUGUUGGUGGCUGCUGUGGAACUACCCCAGCACAUAUCAGAGAAAUUGCAGAAGCAGUGAAGCAUUGCAAGCCAAGGGUUCCUCCCUCUACUGUAUUUGAUGGCUACAUGGUGCUUGCUGGAUUGGAACCAUUUAGAAUGGGGCCUUAUACUAAUUUUGUUAACAUUGGGGAGCGAUGUAAUGUGGCAGGGUCAAGACGAUUUGCCAAACUGAUUAUGGCUGGAAAUUAUGAGGAAGCAUUGACAGUUGCAAAAGCGCAAGUAGAAAUGGGUGCGCAAAUCCUUGACCUUAAUAUGGAUGACGGAAUGCUGGACGGCCCCAGAGCCAUGGCGCGAUUUUGUAAUUACAUUGCAUCGGAACCUGAUAUUGCUAAGGUACCACUGUGUAUCGACUCUUCCAACUUCAGUGUGAUUGAGGCUGGACUAAAAUGUUGCCAAGGAAAAUGUAUAGUGAACAGCAUCAGUCUGAAGGAGGGAGAAGAAGACUUUCUUGCAAAAGCUAAAAAGAUAAAACAGUUUGGAGCAGCGGUAGUAGUCAUGGCUUUUGAUGAAGUUGGGCAGGCCACAGAUGCAGAAAAUAAAGUCAGAAUUUGCACCAGAGCAUACAACCUCCUGGUUAAUAAAUUGAAAUUUAACCCCAAUGAUAUAAUUUUUGAUCCAAAUAUCUUAACGAUUGGUACCGGCAUGGAGGAGCAUGACAAGUAUGCCAUAUACUUCAUUGAAGCUAUCAAAACAAUAAAAGAAACUCUGAAAGGAGCUAAGGUCAGCGGCGGACUUUCAAACCUUUCCUUCUCAUUUCGAGGUAUGGAUGCUAUCAGAGAAGCAAUGCAUUCAGUAUUUCUAUACCAUGCUAUUAAGAUUGGCAUGGACAUGGGGAUAGUAAAUGCAGGAAACCUCCCCGUCUAUGAUGACAUUGAUAAAGAGUUACUGCAUUUAUGUGAAGAUCUCAUUUGGAAUAAGGAUCCUGAAUCAACAGAGAAGCUUUUAAAAUACGCACAGACCACAGCUAAAGGUGGUAAAAAGGUGAUUCAGACUGAUGAGUGGAGGAGCGGGUCUGUGGAGGAGAGACUAGAGUAUGCACUUGUCAAGGGCAUUGAAAAAUAUGUCAUUGAAGAUACCGAAGAGGCGAGAGCAAAUAAAGAAAAAUAUCGGAGACCUCUCCAUAUUAUUGAAGGGCCUCUCAUGAAUGGCAUGAAAGUUGUUGGAGAACUGUUUGGUGCUGGAAAGAUGUUCUUACCACAGGUGAUAAAGUCCGCUCGAGUUAUGAAGAAGUCUGUAGGACAUCUAAUUCCUUUCAUGGAGAAAGAGAGAGAGGAAAUGAAAGCUAUAGAUGGAAAUACAGAUGACGACGAUCCAUACCAAGGAACCAUUGUAAUAGCUACAGUUAAAGGAGAUGUACAUGACAUUGGCAAGAAUAUCGUUGGUGUGGUGCUUGGCUGCAAUAAUUUCAGGGUUAUCGACCUUGGUGUCAUGACUCCAUGUGAUAAAAUUCUGCGUGCAGCCAUUGAAAACAAAGCAGAUAUCAUAGGUCUGUCUGGCCUUAUCACCCCUUCUCUGGAUGAAAUGAUCUUUGUUGCUAAAGAAAUGGAGCGUCUCUCGAUAAAGCUUCCAUUACUGAUUGGGGGAGCCACUACUUCUCGGACACACACUGCUGUGAAAAUAGCCCCUCGUUACAGUGCCCCAGUAAUCCAUUGUUUGGAUGCUUCCCAAAGUGUUGUGGUUUGUUCCCAGCUGCUGGAUGAGAAUUCCAAGAAUGACUUAAUAGAAGAAAUAGCAGAAGAGUAUGAAGACCUUCGCCAAGAUCACUAUGACUCUUUGAAGGAAAGAAGAUAUCUGUCUCUACAGCAAGCAAGAGAUAAAGGCUUCCAUAUUGACUGGCUUCCUCAUCUAAUUCCAGUGAAACCAAAGUUUUUAGGAACACAGGUCUUCAGAAACUAUGACUUGGAGAAACUUACUCAGUAUAUUGACUGGAAGCCUUUUUUCGAUGUGUGGCAACUCCGAGGAAAAUACCCUAACAGAGGAUUUCCAAAAAUCUUUAAUGAUAAAACAGUCGGGGAAGAAGCAAAAAAGGUGUAUGAUGAUGCACAAAAAUUACUACAAGUCUUAAUACGGCAAAGAAAAUUUGAGGCCCGAGGCAUUGUUGGCAUCUGGCCAGCUCAGAGUGUUCAGGAUGACAUUAAAUUAUAUUCAGAGGAGCAUGACCCGUGUUCUUCAGAGCCCAUUGCUACUUUCUAUGGCCUGAGGCAACAGGCUGAGAAAGACUCUGCAUCUACAGAUCCCUAUUACUGUCUAUCUGACUUUGUAGCCCCACUGGAAUCUGGAGUGCGUGACUACCUGGGUAUUUUUGCAGUUGCCAUCUUUGGCGUAGAGGAUCUUAGCAAAGCUUAUGAGAAUAAAGGAGAUGAUUACAACAGUAUCAUGGUGAAAGCUCUUGGAGAUAGACUAGCUGAGGCAUUUGCUGAGGAACUCCAUGAAAGAGUAAGAAAGGACCUGUGGGGUUAUUGCAGUGAUGAAGCCCUGGAUGUUGCUGAUCUGCGCAGGAUUCGCUAUGAAGGAAUUCGCCCAGCUCCAGGCUAUCCCAGUCAGCCGGAUCACACAGAGAAGAUCACCAUGUGGGAGCUGGCAAACAUAGAGGAAGCAACAGGAAUAAAGUUGACGGAAUCACUUGCUAUGUCCCCAGCCGCUGCAGUGUCUGGGUUGAUGUUUUCUAGUCCAAUGUCCAAAUAUUUUGCUGUUGGAAAAAUUUCUAAAGAUCAGGUUGAAGAUUAUUCACACAGAAAACACUUGGCAGUGAAAGAGGUUGAAAAGUGGCUUGGUCCCAUUCUCAGCUAUGACCCUGAAGAGUAACAAGACUUUUUCCUUUACCUGGACUUUACCUAAUGCUGCUAGUCAAACCAGUUUCUGAGUUGUACCAGAAACCUACAGAUGGUUAUUUUCUAUUCAAACGUAUUUUUCAGAUCUUUGACACUUUUUUAAAAGCCACUUAAUGGUUAACCCCAAUAUUGUGACACUAACCUGAGUACAUCCUGGUACUACUGUAUCUUAGUGUUGGUGCCUAAAAUAGAUAAAAUCUAUAGUUUGCUCAAUUCAGCUCAGCCGAGAUAGCAAAACUGUUAACUUCAGAUUUAGAAGACAAAAUGUAAUGAAUAGGGCGUCUGUGUGUGAUUACAGUGAGGCAAUAGCACCGGCCCCGGUGAUUCUCAUAGUGGAUCAAAUUGCUUAAAAGAAUAGGGGGCAGUCAUGGACAUCCUGUGGAUGACCAUAAACAGACCAUACAUAAGAUGCUGGACAAGUAUCUGUGUUUUUUUUUUUUUUUUUUCCAGGAGAAUUUUUUAAGCCAAAAUAGGUGGAUUCUGACAGCUUUUACCUGAUAUACCAUAUUUUUCGCCAUAUAGGACGCUCCGACAUGAAAGACGCACCCAAUUUUAAAGGAGGAAAAUCUAGAAUACAAUGUAAAGUAUAGGACAGUGAUCUUCAACCAGAAGACCUCCAGA